AUGGUAGAUGGUCAUACGUUUCGCGCUCAUGCAAGGUCAGAUCACCCGCAGGAGAUCACCUGCGGGAGAUCACCCCAUCGAGCGCGGACCCUCGAGGCUGAAGGAGUUAGCGCAGCCUGCAACCCUCGCGUGCAGAUCUGGUGCUCUCGCGCACGUUGUCUCGACUCUGCCCAUACCCCGCGUACUAAGAGUCUGUGCGCACAUCCCUGGGCGAUGCAAGGCGGAGCAACCAGUGCUACACACGAACAUUGCCGGGCCAACCCCAAGGCAGAAACACAGCUUCGCUCAAUAGAGGUGAUCUAA